AUGAUACCUAAAACUUAUAUCAGAUUAAGCGAUCAAAAGUCCAUAAGCUUACCGACGAUCGGACUUGGUACAUACUUAAUAACGGGUGCAGACGGAAAGGAAGCCAUCAAGACUGCUAUCGAUUUGGGUUACCGAAUGUUCGAUACGGCUGCAGCUUAUGGGAAUGAAGCCAUGGUUGGCGAAGCGAUACGUGAUAAAGUACGCGAAGGCAAACACAUGACACGUGAAGAUUUUUUCGUCAUCUCCAAAUUAUGCGGAACGCGUCACCGAAUGGAUUUGGUUUACAAUUGCUGCCAAAAGUCGGUGGAAUGCAUGGGGUUGGAUUAUGUGGAUCUUUACCUGAUGCACACACCUGUUGCGUUGAAGCGUGGUGCGAAAAUUUCGACCAAGGGGACAGCGUUGAAUAAUAUCGUGGAUGAUAGUAUCAACCCAAUAGAAGCGUGGCUUGGGUUAGAGAAAUGUUAUCAAGAAGGAAUAUGUCGAUCAAUAGGAGUCUCCAACUUCAACGAACAUCAGCUGAACUCUCUCAUAUUGGAGGGAUCUAUUGUGCCGGCAGUGAAUCAGGUUGAAUGUUCGGUCGGUUACAAUCAAAAACCGUUGCGACAAUUUUGCCAACAGCAACAAGUUCUUGUGAUGGGAUACGCACCACUAGGAAAGCAGAAGCUUCCGUUCCUAAACAAUGAACGUGUAAAACAAAUUGCCUUGUCGGCUGGCAAAACUCCUGCCCAAGUCAGCUUGCGGUAUCUGAUUGAGGGCGGUGUGGUACCGAUAGUAAAAUCCAAAGAUUGUACACGACAGCAAGAGAAUUUGGAUAUCUUUGAUUUUAAUCUCACCGAACAUCAGAUGGAAGAUUUGGAUGCCAUAACAGAGAAGCAACGUGCUUGCGAGAUGCGUUUUUUGGCUGGAGCUAGACAUUUCCCAUUUAUCGAUAGUGUUUAG